AUGAUCAGGGAGAUGAUGGAGCCUGAAGCCAGAAGAGGAGAAAGGCCCACCUACAGGAAGCCAUAUUCGGCUUACAUUGAUCAGAUACCUUUAUCCCCGGGUUUCAAGGUACCAAACUUCACCUUGUUCAACGGAGAAGACCCCCAUGCUUCAUCGGUUGAGCAUAUAGGCAUAUUUUCUGUCCAGUGCAUAGCCAUAGAAAAUAACCUUCUGUUGAAACUAAGGCUUUUCGGAAACUCUCUCUCUAGACAAGCCUUCACUUGGUAUACUAGCCUACUAGCCAAUUCUGUUCAAACCUGGGAACAGAUGGAAAAUGUUUUCCAUGACUACUAUUUCAGGAUCCAGCUAGAAGUCACCAUCAGUGAUCUUGCCGCCCUCAAGCAGAGUGAAGAUGAGCUUGCUCAUGACUUCAUAACCAGGUUUAGAAAGCUUAAGAUGAAAUGCCAAAUCCCUAUGGAAGAAAGACACUCCAUUCAGAUAGCUCAAACCACCCUUAAAAUAUCCCUGAGAAAGAGAUUUGAUGGGAUGCUGUUUGGAGAUCUGGCAGAACUGGGAAGAACAACAGAGGAGGAACUAUUCCAAAGGCACAUAUUGCAAAACCCCAUCUUCUUCAGUACAUCUGGUUGA